AUGAGCCCAAAUUGGCAGCCACCUAAGGACUACCGCGAACGUCCUGUUGUCGUCCUUGGCGCAGGAGUCUUAGGACGUCGAGUCGCUUGCAUUUGGGCAUCAGCAGGAUACGAUGUCUAUGUCCGUGAUCCGAGCCCGGAACAGCGCGCAGACUGCGUCGCCUAUGUGAACCAACAUGUCGCCUCGUACGCAGAGCACACGGGAGCGGAACCCGGCGAAAUCGCAGCAUUUGAGGAUUUGGCGCAGGCAAUCAGCAAUGCCUGGCUCGUUAUCGAGGCUGUUCCAGAGAAAAUCCAACUGAAGAUUGAUACUUUCGCUCAGCUCGACAAGCUUGCUCCGAGGGACUGUAUUUUGGCAUCCAAUUCAUCCUCCUACAAGUCCUCGGAGAUGCUUGAGAAGGUGUCAGAUGAAACCAAGCCUCGUAUCCUGAACAUGCAUUACUACAUGCCUCCACAGGUGAUGGUUGUAGAACUGAUGACGGAUGGCUUUACCGAGCCAUCCAUCCUUCAGUUCAUGACCGAGCGCUCGAAGGAAGCAGGUACCAAGCCAUACACUGCAAGAAAGGAGUCUACUGGGUUUAUUUUCAACCGCCUAUGGGCGGCCGUCAAGCGGGAGUGUCUAACGAUCCUAGCCGAGGACGUUUCUACGCCUAGCGAGAUUGACUCGAUAUGGGCAGAUAUGUUUCUCAAGGGAUCGGUUCUGCCUUGCAAGGGCAUAGACAGCGUCGGUCUGGACACCGUGGCCUUCAUCGAGAAGCACUACAUCGCCGAGCGAGGCCUCUCAGCUGACAAAACCGUCGACUUUCUCCAAAAGAACUACCUGGACCAAGGCAAGCUCGGGGCCAAGUGCCCCGAGGGCGGCCUUUACCCACCCACAGAAAUCGCUAAACCUGAUAUCGAGAGCCCCAGUCUCCUAGUUCUUGAUAUUGGAUUGUCAUCGAAAGAACCGAGCUUCAAAGCAGGCGAAAUUCUUCAGGUCUCACUGGAUGGGAAUGUGCAGAAAGUCAUUGCUACGGGGCAAGCUCUCCCGGAUGGGAUUGCUGUAGACCCCAGCAACAAGCGCAUCUUCUGGACCAACAUGGGCAUUCCUGGAAAGGACGAUGGGGCUGUGUUCUCGGCCAACUUGGAUGGAACUGAUAUCCAAACUGUUGUCGCGCCAGGGACCAUCAACACUCCCAAACAGUUGGCACUGGACCUAACGUCGAAGAAAGUCUACUUCUGUGACCGUGAGGGGCUCCGUGUUAUUCGUUGUAAUUACGAUGGUUCGGAGUUUGAGGUCUUGGUUCAAGCUGGGGACCCCAGCAAUGCCGUCGAAUCUCAAGAUGCCCUGAACUGGUGUGUUGGUAUUACUGUAGCCCCAAGACUCGGCAAGUUCUACUGGACCCAAAAAGGCCCAUCUAAGGGCGGACAGGGGAGGAUUUUCUCCGCCAGCAUCACGACACCGCAAGGACAGUCCGUGUCUACUAGAGAUGACAUCCAGAUCAUCUUGAGGGGACUUCCGGAACCGAUUGACCUGGAGAUUGACGAAGACACUCGCACGCUUUACUGGACAGACCGUGGGGAACUCCCGUUCGGAAACUCCUUGAACCGACUUUGCCUCGAUCACUUCGGCUUUCCCCUGCCUAGCCCGUCCCGUCUGGGAUACGAAGUGCUCAACAGGAAUCUGAACGAAGCCAUUGGCUUGAAAUUGGACCUUUCCAAAAACAGCAUCUAUUUGACCGAUCUUGGUGGUAAUCUCUAUCGUUGCAACCAUGACGGAAAACACAGGGUCAAGUUGCUAUCCGACGAAAAUAGGGCAUUGACGGGGCUUGCAUUUGCCUGA